UUUUUGCAUAUAUCAAAACCACUUUAACUGAUUUUUUAUCAUUUUUUCCUCAAUCAGCACCACUCCAAUUAAUCCUUGUAUACAAUUGUUUUAUAUUCUGUCAUUUUUUUCAUGUGUAACCUGAACCACAUUCAUUUUUAUCAUUUUCAAUUCUAUAGUCCCACCAUUUUCUUGUCCUUUAAAAUCCAUCAUUCAAAAACACUGUUUUUGUAAUACAUGCGGUAUUAAAGGUUUGUAUGAAAGUCGUAUGGAAGUUGUAUUGUGGGUAUGUUCAUUCUCCCCCACCCCUCUUUGUAGUUUCCUUUUCCUUUGCUAUAGAACUUCGCACUCUUGCAUGAAAAAAAUAUGGAUGAACUGAUAAGAUCCUUUAGAGAGCUACAUCACAAAAACUAGUUGUAGAUGAAAAGCCUAAAACCUUAUAGACCCACACUAGAGUUUCAUAUUUCGAAUGUGGGACUUGAGUCCUAUAAUUUGCAGUUGGAUCCUAGGGAUGAUAAUUCUUCUAGAACUUAUGGCUGUCCUUAAAAAACACCCACAACGAGUAGGGUAAAUAUUUGCUCAAUGGGGAUGGGUCCAAGGACGGGUAUUUACCCAUUUCCAUCCUUAUUGGAUCCUAACAUCUUACUAUGCUUUGCAUCAUCAAUGUCCAUGUGUUUGGCUGUGCAGUAGCCCUUUGAAUAGUCUCACGCAAAAGAUACAAUGCCAAUGUCACCUAUUGUGUUGUUUGCUUAUAGCCAAGAGACAUGGUGGAAGGAUUUGAUAACAAUUGAUAAGAAUCGUGGGAGUCAUAUCACAAAAGUUGGCAGCUGUAGCUGGAGAGCCCAAAACAUUAUAACCCCAAACCAAAAUCCCAUUAUUCCAAUGGGGAACUCGAGUCCCAUAUCUUGCAAUUGGAUCCUAAUAUCUCACCACUCUUAGUGGCCCCUGAGUGAACACUACAAUGUUGGUGUCAUCACUUGUGCUACUCGUGUGUAGUUGAGAGGCAUGGUGAAAGGCUCUAAUACCAAGUUUACCUUGAGAGAGUUGCACCACAAAAGCUAGAUGUUGUAGUUGGAGAGCUCAAAGCCUUAUAAAUCCCACACUAGAAUCUCAAUGGGGGACUCAAGUCCAUAACUUGCAAUUGGAUCCUAAUGUCUUCCUCCAUAGGCUGCUUCUCAUUCCUUUCUCUAGGCAUUACUUUGUACUUCCUAACAAAGAACCCUGGAAAACCACUGUUGGUUCCAUACUUCCUUUAUAUUAAAAAGUUAUUUUCUAUACUAGUAUUUUGGGGAAUGAAAUUGCAUUCAAGGUGAAUACAUCAACGACUAAGCUUGUUCAUACAAGGUGUGGUUGGUUACACGAAUCAGUUUACACCAUAAUCUAUAGAUAAACUAUUGACCUUUAAAAUUUAAAUCAUUUUUAAUGGUUUUAACUUAAGGGUAUCAGUCUCCCUGUAUGUAAUCAAAUAAAUUUGCUUUUGCUUAAAUUUAAAAUUUAACAUUCUAUAGAUGGUGUUAGAGACAGGCAGGUUUUGCUUGUACUUGACUGUCUCACCUGUGCCUUUCUUUAAAACAGUGUGUUUUGAGUUUCAUUGUGUUCACUCCAUGGUAACCUUUCCUUUUGAUAGUUUCUUUUCCAUUGUUAUCCUUCGUGUCUUAUUCCCCAUCUUCUCAUGUUAAAAGUUUUAUGUUAAUAUUUUUUAGGCUGAUCACACUGUUCUACCUGAUAGGAACUAAGUAGUUGAUGAAUUGUAGUGCAUUUGCAUGCUGCUUUGAGUUAAGUAGUCAUGAUAGAAUAAUCGUCACAAAAAAUGAUUCUUUGAUUGCAAACUUUCAUGUAAGUAUUUGCAUUUGACUAUUAGUUCAUGACUGUCGUCCCUGUCCCAACAAUGUCUCUCCAAUUUUCUGCUCAUUUUGUGGUAUAGGUAGUUCUUUUUUGGCUUUUCAUGAAAGAUACACAUGAUUACUUAGAACAAAGCUGCAAAUUGAAUAUCUUGUUUCCUUGCUCCUAUGUAGACAUUUUAUCAUCAAUCUAGGCUUUAAUGCAAGUGCCUCAUGCUAAUACUCUAUAAUAUUCUAUAAUUAUAUUAUUGAUGUCAUUGCCUUGGUGGUGUAAAUGAAGUUAUGCUACUAGAAUUGUGAACGAAACAUCAAAGUUUCUAUGUCUAUGCAGCUGUGUCUGCAACCACAAUUUAAAACAGUAGGACCACAACAAAGACCCAUACUGAAGAUUUGAACUGAUAAAGCUUGCUUAGGAGUGGUGUACAUGCCGUAGAGAGGGUUUUCUUUUUUGUUUUUGGUUUUCAUGCACUUAGAUUGAUAUUUCAAACACUACGAAUGUUGUAAGUGGGUCAUGGGGUUUUCUAUUUUUGGAGGGCCCAUUUCAUACACAGAUUGAAGUUCCGAAGAUACACCUUUGUCAACCAAUUUUUUGUUUAAUAUGUGGAUUAUGAAAGAUUUUUAUAUAGCCAUAUGGAAGUUGAAUUGUGGGUAUGUUUGUAUGCAUCACUCUGCCCCGCCUCACUCAUAGAACAUAGGUACUUGAUCAAAAUUUAUGGAUUGUUCUCUCACUCAUCUUCCGUAGGCUGCUUCUCAUUUCUUGCUCUAGCCAUGGCUUGAUCAACAAACCCUGGCAAAGUUCUGUUGCUUCCCCUUAAUUAAAAAGUUCAUCCUUUUUAUACUGAGCAGUGUGAUUUUAUUCUGGGCGAAUAAAGGUGACAAAAUUGUGGAUCUUCAUAGAGUGCUAACUAAGUGCUAACCAUCUAUCCCCAUUUUUCUUUUAUUUCCCCCAUAUCUACUUCCCUUCGUGCAUUCAUCUCUCAAACAUUCCAUCAAGCUCCAAAAGAAGCUAAUGUCUUUGAUGCAAAUUGUCCAUAGAUUUGGUAAAGGUAAGGGUGAUAUUUUAGAAAUUAAUGUGUUAUAGUUUAGGUACACCAUUAGAGUUAAUCAGAUUCAGAAUAAUUCUGAGAUCUUAUAAUAAACACUCAUACUCAUCUCAUGUAAUGUGUGCAAGGAAUGUGCUACAAUUUCAGUGUAUCUUGAAUUUUAAGCUUGAUCAGUAUUCUGCAGUUUGUCUAUUUCCCACAUUUAGCUCAUUUACACUGUAUGCACAAAGGAGGAAAUAUGUUACAAGUUUCAUUGUUUUUUUGGUUGGGAAAAGUUUAGGGAAACGGGAAGCUGCUGGCUAUAUGCCAGGGCAUGUCAUAAGCCUUAGUAAGGGCUUAUGAUGUUUCCUUAUAAAUAGCCUACCAACAUGGAUGACUCAUAGCGGUUGUCAAACCUAAGCUGGUCAAGAAAAGUGCCUUGAUACCGAUCAGCUUGAGCAACUCUGGUGUCUUCAAGUCUACUUAUUACUUUCAGUUGUAAUUGUAUGUGCUCCUUUUCACAUCUUAAGAGUCGUAAACUUUGUAUAAAUAUUACAUGCUUUGAGGAAGUUACAAAUUGUUGAAGCAAAACUAAAGCAUACAUCAAUUGUUAUUUUUCUAAAUACCUUUUUAACAUUAUAUGAGAUAUCAAUUUUAGUCUGUUUCUAAUGUUGGCAAAUAAAGUUCCGAGUCCAUUGUGUAUAUAGUCUAUCUAACUUCCUAAAGCAUUUCUUCAAUAUGCAAAGAAUUGUGAGGUUGAAGUAAUAUAUCUAGUAAUAUUUCAUCUUACUAUUUAUAAGAAUGUAGAUACCAAUUUUCUAUCAUGAACAAGUACAAUACCUUAUAGUAUCACUAGACAAAGCGUACUAAUGACAUUCGUUCUGUGAUGAUCCAUAUUGACGGUGAGGGAUUUGUUUGUGGGGUACUGAACUAUUGAUAGAGAAAGUAGCACUGUUACAUAUUUCAUUUUAGCAUUACACUAAAGAAUUUUCAGGACACAGCUACGGUCCUGUGCCAAUUACAUUUUGUCUUUCAUUUUUGUUUUCACUUGUCUCUAUUAUCAAGUGAAGUCACGCUCCCUAAAAGUUAAACACGCUGGUUUCUGGGAAAAAGGUUCAAGACUGGGAAAAAAGUCUCAUGCCCUAGAAGACUUCAACCCAUGUCGCAGACCUUUUGUUUUGGGGUUUGUAUUGAGUAACCCAUGCCAUGGUUUGUAUUGAGUAACCCAUGCCAUAAUCCCUAUUCGCCUAGUGGUCACCGUGUCCCUGCACGCCGCCAUGCAAUAACUCUGCCAUUCAACAACACUAGGUGUAAGUUACAAUAGUCUUGAUUCUUAUGCUUCCCCCAAGUUUUACUCUGAUUUCUUGUGGAAGUUUCAAAAUGUUGAUACAAUUAAAAUUGUGUAAGAUACAAUUAUUUAUUAUUUAUUUUUAAAAGAUUGCAUCUUGUCUUUGUUAGGUUUCUGGUAACAAUACGUUUCGAUGGAUUAAUUUACUAUUUGGAAAUAGGUGUUUCAUCGCAAUUACUCCUGUAUUUGCAAUAACCUUUUAUUCAAUUGUACCUUACGCCCAUGAGUCAUUGGAAAAGAAAAAUAGUUCCUUCUUUUUCAUUAUUUUUCAGUGAUUAGAUUGGAUGCAUGUAACUAUAGAAUUAAUUCCUCUAAAGCUUAGAAUUGAAAGGCACGGCAUCCCAAGCAGUUAUAAUCUAACGGUGCAUGAAUUUUGAAAACUAAAUUAUGCUUUUAUUUUAAUCGAUCUUUGUAGUUAAAAUUAUAACAGUAGAGAAUCUUGGUCCUUAACUAAAUAGUUUCCACUAAUAUAUGAUGCAAGUAAGUUGUGCUCUGUUUUUGUCCUUCAAAUGUUGGACAGAUAAUACCUAUUCAGGUUUUACAUCUAAACUUUACAAAAGCUGAUGUUUUUUCUUUCCUUAUUUUUCUUUUUAAUUUGUCGCUCAUUGCUAAGUUGUUUCCUUUCCGAGGUGAAUUGUGAUUAUACCUAUUGAAUUUGUAUUUUUUAAUUAUAAAAUGCAAACGAUUAUAACCGUUGCAAUUAAGCAGAAAAAUGUUUACUUAGUGGAAAAUUGUACAAUGUAUCAAAUUUAGUGUGAAUUUACUAAAUAAGCAUUUAUACUAAACACAAGGUCAACUCAAUAGUUUAUUUUAUUAAAAAAUAAUGACGAAUUGAUAUUCCCACAUGUUGUGUCAAAUUUGGACCUACAUAAACAAGACAAAAUUUGCUCUGUACACAAAACAAAGGAUCAGGGUAGGAUUUAGCACUGCAAGUUUGGUAUUUUACCUUUUCUAAAAUAAAAUAACGGCCAAGAUUCGUAGUUGUUGAGAAGCUUGUGCCAUAUAAGAAAAUAUACAUGCACUAGAUCUAAUGCUUUAAAGUGAGGAAAGGAAGAUACCAAACCUUCAAGCCAAUUAGAGUAAAAGAACUCAAUUUUAGUUCCCUCACUGCAUAAGCUUCUCAAGAACUCUUCCAACAAGAUAAAAUUAAGAAGAGAAUCAGAAAACAUGUUCUAGUCUCUAGUUGAUGCCGUUUCUCCAUGGCUACCACGAAAUUCAAGAGAAAACUGGUAAUGGGUGCAAAUGGCCCCACCAACCCUUUGGUGUGGCUAGUGGCAAUUAUCUGCACCAUCAUAGCUGUAGCAGUGGUAGUUAUAGGCAUUACAGUGUUCAUUGGGUACAUAGUGAUCCACCCGAGGGUACCUGUGAUCAGUGUCACCAAUGCUCAUCUAGACCUUCUGAGAAAUGACUAUGCUGGUCUGCUCCAAACCCAGCUCACAAUUGUUGUGACUGCAAAGAAUGGAAAUGCCAAGGCUCAUGCAACCUUCUCUGACAUCACCUUCAACGUCAGCUACAAUGGCCAAGACAUAGCUGUGCUGGUUGCAAACCCCUUUGAGGUGCCUAAGAACAGUUCCAAAGACCUCAACUAUCUUGUUCAAUCAUCUUCCAUACCCUUGAGUCCUGAUCAAAUGGAGCAAGUGGAUGAUGCAUGGAAAAGAAAUGAGAUUCAGUUUGAUUUCAAAGGAGCUGCAAGGACACAGUGGAGGGUAGGGCCCUUAGGGUCUGUUAAGUUCUUGUGUCGUCUUGAUUGUGACCUCAAGUUCCGCCCCAUGAAUGGGACUUACAUUCCCUCGAGGUGUACCUCCAAAUCUAAGUGACUAUUUCUUCUGUUUUGGUGAGGCCUUGCACAUAUUGUUGUCACCUACUCUUCUUCCCCUCUAUAGCUCUUUGUUUAGCUUUCAUAUUUGUAUCACUUUCUUAAUAAUAUAAUGUAGACUGUCAGGCAAUAAAACUCAGAAUAUUUUUA